AUGGCCGAAAUGUUUUCGUCGGAAUAUUUUAGGAGAGUGAAAAAGGAUCUACAUUGCAGUUUUUUCAAAUGAUUUUGUUUAUCAGACAUUCGUUUGAUAUAUAAGGAUACUAUAUAUUUUAGGACCAACUCCUUAGAAACAUCUAUUGCCAUGUAUUCGAGUGACGAAGGAAGUGACAAUGAGGGAGCCGAUGGGGCCGGGACGAACAACAACGCCCUUUGUUUGGCUGGCAAGUCAAUGCUCAAACCCAAACUGGACUCCAUCUUUGCUGAGGUGGAGAAAAACCUUCCGUCCAUUGAUUUCGACUUAUCUGAUGUGAGCUCUGACAGUGAGGAACCCGUAAUUUUCCAACGACAUUUGAUGAAGACAUAUCUAGACGAUGAUGACAAGGACUUUGAUACCAGUCUCAAUGAAGAAUCAUUAUCAGAGCUUUUCCACAACUCUCGUGAUAAUGUCUCUUUGAACUCAAACACAAUGGUAUUGGGUGAUAAUGAUGGUGGUAAUUCCGCAUCACAGCCUGCAUAUGACAAUGACCUUGCGCUUCAGAUCCAGAAAUCAAACAAAGCAACAGUCUCCACAGGAACUAGCACCACCAGUUGGACAGAGGUGGUUAUUGAAGCGAGGGAGGAUGCAGCCAAAUUUUCGGAGCGUCCCCAAGUCAAGCUUCAGAACUGGCUGGAGGAGUCCGAUGAUGUACUUCCCGAUCUCUCAAACGCUUUAAGCAUGAUGGAGAGUGAGAUGAUGAGACGGGUGGAAAGUCAGGAAAAUCUGUACGACAAUUCAACCAUGGAAAAUGAUGAUAAUGAUAAUGUGGAGAAACACGAGAAGGAAUCUAACAAGGAUGGUGUGAUAAAAACAGUGAACAAUAAAACAGGUGAUCCGAAAAUGGAUAAAUAUCUUCAGCAGGAGUCUCGUCGGGACCAGGAAAGGGAGAUUGUGUCCAAUAUGGUAUCAUCCAAACCUCUAAAACUCAAUAUGGGAACCCUUGGCAGUCUUGAUAUAGAUAUGGUUUUAGACAGUAUGAACGAGGACAACCAGUUUGCAAUACCCAUUAUCCAGGAGGCCUGGCCAGAAGUCAAUCACAUGGAGUCUGUCUUCGCUGCAGGGGAAGGAUCCAAUAAAACAGAAGCCAAUGAAAACAAGACACUUAUCGAAAGGCUUGCCCAGAUGUCGAUGGUAGAGUCUGGCAUUGACCUUACAGAUGUUGACCCCAACACAGGGGCCCAGAAGGGGAAAUCUAUAGGGGACAUUGAUGUGGAGCCAAAUAAUGACCAAAACCAGCCAGAAGGAGAAUUAAUGAAGGACAAGUGGGGUCACCCUGUUAAACGACCUCCGACCCCGGACAGUGCUGACAAGGAUGACCUGAUGAAAGAAACAAAUGUUGAGACAGUGAAGAAAACAUCGUCCUGUGGUACUAAUACCUCAGACACGGGUAACCAGCCUCCUAAGAUUAUAAUACCACGUGUCAAACCACAAGCUCCAGAAACAUCUCCAAAGAAACAAGAACCAGACACUGUCUUCCUGGACUUGAGAAAUUUUGACAAGACGCGACAGGAACAGCAGGAAAAAAUCGAGAGGGUCCAAAGGAUUUUAAACAUCAAACCAGAGCAGAAUGGAGACUCGAGUGAUGAUGAUGAUGUGAGUGUCGACUGUUGGAGGGAUGUCAGGAAUAAGAUCAAGACAAACCUGUCAUCCAAGGGUGUAUCAACCGAGGUCCUACCCGACAAACCUCCUCUAGCCAGGACUUACAAAGAUGCCCGACAGCCCCAGAGAGUUAUCAACAUGAUCCCCCAGACCCGGGGACAGGGAGACAGUCCUACAGCCCCUACCCCUGGGACACAAGAUACUGAGGCAGAGGCUGGACGAGAGGCAGAGGAGGAAGAGAAAGAGAAACGAAAAAAGAUGGAAGAGGCCAAAAAACUGCGAGAGCAGAGGGAGUCUGAGCGACAGGCAAGAGUGCGUUUGUGUAAACGUCUGAGUGCUCUUCGACCUCAGGCCUCUGUCAGUGGGAAACAGGACUCAGCAGAAACUACACCAGUGGUGUUUGAUGUUGAUGUUUCUUACGAGCCUGCCCCUCGCAGUCUGCCAACUAUCAUGCAGCCUGAGCAAGAAUGUCUGCUGCUGACUGUACACCUGUCCAGUAACGGCGAAAUCAUUCUUCACCGCGGCAAGAGUAAAAGUGUAGACACUGGUAUUGGAUUAUCAGCCAGCUACACCGUCCUGCUGACAUGGUUAAUGUCCUUUGUGCCUGAUAACUACAACUUCCUCCAACCACAAAAUGCUAAGGAAAAUGAGGGAGGAAUCCAGUACCUGGCUCCGCCCUUCUAUGUGGUGGGCCUACAACAGUUAUGGUUGGAAGAACAGCAUGCUCUGGUGGUCGCUGUUACACCUACAGAACAGUUCCGUAAUAAACAUAUCAAAUACAAAAAAUCAAAGGUUAAAGAUGAAGUGAAGGAUAGUUCUCCGUUUCAACAACACCUUGCCAAAUUCCUGUCGACCAACACCCUCCAUACGGUGUGUCCUUGGCUACAGGACCUGGUAUCAGGUGAAGUACCAUCGUCACAGGUCGACCCCGCCACAGGAAAUCCCUCCUACGUGUACCGUCCACCGCUACCGAACAUCACCAACAAACCGUUGUCGACGUUCAUGCAGAUUAAUCCCGAUCACAGUGCUGCCCAGAAAGUAUUCAACACUUCUGUUGGCUUCUUCUUCCAAACUGUUGACAAUGAGGAUUCCAGCGCCGACCUGAUUAUUAAUGAUGCUGGUGUGAAUUACGAUACCCAGAACACAAUGUCCCUCAUUUAUAAAAAGAUUUUCCAGGACCCACGUGCAACUAUGGGUAUAUUUAACCGAGUAUUACAAGAAGGUCUUGAUCUGGCUGGUGUUCGUUUACUAUACCCCACACCUGAGUUGCUCAAUCUUGCCUCCGGAAAACCUUCCAUGCCUGCUGAUAAUUCUGAGGCUAAAACUGAUCUGGAAAUGCUUAAUAACAUUGGACCAGUACUAGCAGUAUGUAUUAGGGGGACAUUUGGCAGAACAAUAUGGCUUGAUGCUGUUGGGCCCUCAGACCCAUCCUUAGCCAGAAGGACUGACCCCAAUUCUUUGUGUGCAUUGUAUGGUGGAAGUUCACGAGACGAGUGUCUGUUGUUUUGUCCAAGGAAUCAAACUCGCGUACACAUAGAACUGACUCGCUGGUUCGGAGGUAGAGUGCCACCUGGUGGUGUUAUAGAUGUCGGAACACCAUACACCAAAAAGGAUCACCAUCGCAGUGGAAGUCCCAAGGGACGUAAAGGGAAAAAGGUAACAUUUAAUGAAUUCAGGGAACGGGACGAUAAACCUGUGGUUGUGCCAAGCAGACGGCCUCCAGCAACAUUGACCUCAACAACAAAGAGUGAUAUUUUUCUGGUCAUGUCUCCAAGUGUUGGACCUCGUUGUAUCGGUAUCAUAAUGGCCACAUGUCAGCGCCGUGGUUACCAAAUAAGGGGCAUCAGGCGUUCAAGAUUAACGACGAAGAAAGCUUGUUCUCUAGGUAUUGCGAGUGAGGCAGCCCCUAUCUUCUGUCCUGGAACUCAACCAGUUGAAGUUGUGGAUGGAGCUGACUUUGUAAGAGUGCUCUGUCCCCAGGAGAGAAACACAGAAGCCCUUCUGCCAUGUACAUUACUGCUGCUGGAAAAGGAGAAUGCUGCACAUCAUGCUGCCAGUCUGAUAGAGGCCUGCAUGGUACAGCUCACACUACAGGGAGUCAUGGGUACAAUACAGAAGGCUGUGGACUUUCCUCUCAACUCCAAACAACUGUUCCAUGCAGCGCGCUACUCUGAUGGACUACAGGCUGUCCUGGGUGGAGAGCUCAGCAAGUGUGUGGACUACGAGAUUAGUGUGAACCCAAGUUUUGUCGUGCCCAAGCUCUACACUAACCCAGAGGUGGAGGAGGUGGUCGUUCUCCUCAUACUCGGCCAUAACAACCUCAAGAGUUGUGGCCUACUUGUUGGUCAGCUAUCUAACAUGGUGCCGUACAGUAAGACGCCCAUGAACCUCACCUUGACUGAGGGAUUUGAAUUACUGGGAAUCAAGUGGGUGCCCUCCCUGACCCUAUCUCAGGCCAAAGAGGUCACUCCCUACGAGGUCGGGGACCGCCAUUGGAAGAAAAAUAUCCAUACACUUACAGAUGAACCUGCACUUGUUCUAGUCCUGAGAGGAAUUGGCGGAUUUGAGAAAUUGAAUUCCGUCAUUAAUAAUCUGUCACAGAACUCCCAGAGUGGUCACAUAGACUACCUGAUGCCACAUACCCCUGAGGAGGCUUACUCCUUCGCCCGCUCCUUCUUCACUGAUCGUGAGCUGUUCGCCGAUCCUCACUCACGAUCACUGCUGCCUUAUCUCCCCAGUGUCAGACACUGUACACAGGAAAAGGAACGAGGGACACCUGUGACAAAGGAGUCCAUUUUUGAUCUGAUGCAACGAGGACCGCAGCCAUUUACAACUUUCCUCCUAAUCAAACCCCGUGCUGUCCGUAGACACUUGUCAAAAAUUCUGAAAAAGAUUGUGCAGGAGAAAUUCCACAUCGCGGGACUUCGUAUGUGUGUGUUGGACAGAGAUCAGGCAGCAUCUCUAGUGGAAGGGAAGGACAUGGAUGCUGAGUUGUUGGAGAAACAUUUGACAUACCUAACCUCAGGCCCCUGUGUUUACCUUACUCUGGAGCGAGAGAACGCAGUGAAAUAUUUGCUCGAUCUAUUGGGGCCAAUGGACCCUCAGGGAGCCAGACGACUCAGCCAGUUUUAUUGGAGAGGCGUGUUUGGGAUGGACCCUGUUCUCAAUGCUCUCCACGCCUCCAAAGAUUACCUCACAGCUGUGACAGAACAGAAACAGUUCUUCCCUGAGGGCCUAUGUUGUUCUGCCAUUCCCAGCCUCCAGAUGGAACAGAUUGAAUGUCCAGCCGAGGAUGAAACUAUAGCGUUAAAGUUUUACGAAGAGAGAGAUGUUUUGGUGCACGAUAAACAUACUGCUGGUGAUGACACUCUAACAGAAUCCAUGCACCAGCUUCUGUUACAGACGACUUGUGUAGUCUUGAAGCCAGGCCUGGUGCGGCCCAAGGGGCGGAGGAAGUGUGGCUAUGCUGAUGUAAUAGAGGGACUUAUUUCAAAUGGGUUUGAGAUUGUUGGUACCCGAAUGUUGUGGUUCACACAGAAACAGGCCGAACACUACCUACAUGUGAUACAGGCUGGCAGCUUCCAACAGGUUCCCUUGUUGACCUCUGGUCCCUGUCUAGUCCUGGCACUGGAAAGAGAUAAUGCUGUUGUGGCAUUCGACUCCCAAUUGGGCAGUUGCUACGGGUCCGACUCUGUAAUCAGUCAGUAUGGAGAGGAUAUCACUAGGCCCAGCGGCCUAACACAGGCUCAUAACAUGCUGAGGUUUUUCUUUGACGAGCUGAUGCCAGGAAGUCAGGUGGAGAUCGUAUCAACCACAGCCAAAAACUAAAGGGAGAUAACUCUAUAAAAAAGAUAGCAACAACCAAAACUGAAGGGAGAUAACUCACAAAAACGAAAAGACAUUUGCAAAAAAAAAAAAAACAGGUUUCAAGUGUUACUUUGAGAAAUUGGUGGCGAGGAUAAAGCAAAGACAUGCAGAUAUGAUGGGUAUUACAGUCAAACCUGUCAUAGCGGUCACCUGUCCAUUAGGGGCAGUGCCAGGAAUCAAUAGAGUGAUGGAUAUUAUAUGAAAUAACAUUAUUGCUUUUAUAGGAUAGAAACUGGGUAAAGCAUUCAACUUAUUUCCGACAGCUAUCACACUACUUUUAGGUUUUCAUUUCUUUUAUCAGGAAUAUCACUGCUGUACUAUCUGGACAACAUUUGAAAUUAUUUUAAAGAAUUUUCCAUUUGGCUAUAAAAUGAUGAAUAAUUUGCAGAAAAAUUUCCGAAUAGAGCAUUUGAAGAAAUAACUGAGCCAAAUUUCUUGUGAUAUACCAGGACUGCCUUAUCUUCAUUCUAUAAAUUGAGGGAUAUGUUUCUCAUGCACGGGAAUUUUGUAAAAGAGAAAACCGAGCAAACAAAUUUUACUGUUGCAUUGGUUGUUUUUGUGGUGACCUAUUUAUCACAGUUACAGUUUGUUUUGUCACUAAAAAUAAAACACAAAUAUAAGAAACGGAGCACAGACUCUUUCUAUGAAACAUGUUGUUCCAAUGGAGGGAUUUAAUACAAUACAACAAUCCUUACACACACGCCAUACAUAAAUUCAUCACUUUUACAUGUAAAUUAAAAAACCAGGUUUCAAACAUUGUACUAUUUUCACAAUUUUAUUGUCAUGUUAAUGCAUGUAUUUGUGUCAGGUUGAAUUUGUUCAGCGAUCUUUGCUGGAAUUUGCAUCCUUAAUUGAUAUCCAGAAGAAUAUAAGAAAUCAAUUUAGUGUUUUUUUUUAUUAUUGAGUGUUUAUGGUUUUCAGAGUAUUUUUCCUGUUUUAUAAAUGACAGUAACCCAAAAAUAUGAUAAUUAUAUUAUAUCAUAUAUUUGUCUUUUAUUGCAUAAUACUAAGCUAGUGAUAUUCAGCAGGCAUAUUCCAGUAAUGUGAACAAGUUUAUAAAAAGUAUACACAGCCUGCAUUCUAGUCUUUGAACAAUUUGUGGGUAAUAACUGUCCAAUCUAGGAACCUAACCCGAUUGGUCAUCGCAUUGAUUGGCUGAUUGACUGUCCCAUCAGGAACUUUGCCUGAUUGUGAUCUCAUCUGAUUGGCUAUCCAGUCUUCGAAAUUUUCCUGAUUGGUCGUCUCAUAUUAUUGGCGAAAAAGUUCGGGAACGUGACCUUAUCAUUCAUCUUAUCUGAUUGGCUAUCAUAUCUGCAAAUUUUACCUGAUUGGUCGUUACAUCUGAUUGUCUGUCCAAUCACGGAACUCUUGACCUUAACCUUACUAAAUGUUAUUUCAUCUGAUUAGCUAUCCAUUCAGGAAGAUGUUGUCAUUUUGGUUUGGUUGUCCAUUGAAGAAGAGUUAUAUGGCUGUUUUUCUUACCUGGUAGCAGUUGUAACUUGUACCUAAUUCUAACGCCUGUUUGGUUGUACAAAAUUGACUUUGAUCCAGUGGAUUAUUUCGUUACGAUACAUUCAGUUAAAUGUGUAUUCCGUCCCUACUGUGUGAUAUGUAUAUAAAAUAAUUAUUUUGAAAUUCAAAAUAUCUUUAAUUUGUUAGUGUUGUUGCUAUGUCCUCGCUUAAAGCAGUAUUAAACAUUUAUCGGUUAAGAAAUAUUAUCGGUUAAGAAAUAUAUUUUUCAUGGCUUGCAUUAACAUCUCAUGUAGUACUAGAGUUCUUAUUUUUUUUUACAAUUUUAAAGAGAGAAAAAGACAAAGAUAUAUUUUUGACUGUUGACAUUUUUGUACAUGUUAAUGUGCAUAUCGGUCUGAAAAGAUAUGAUAUUUAUGAGUGUUUGUUACAAAGCUGUUACAAUGUAAAUAUUUCAAUGCGUUGCAGUUUAUUUUAAGCUCAGUCGUUGUAUUAAUCAAUCAAUGGCUGGACAUAAUCUGAUUAUUUAAAUCAUUACUGUACUAUCUUUCAAGUGAAUUUUCCUUGUAAAAUGUGUUGUUUUUAAUGAGUUAACGUGAUAUUGAAACAUGUAAUUCAGAUUUUUCGAAUUUUUCUUUUUCUUUUCGAUAAAAAAUGACAUCGACUGAAAUAUCAAUUUGAACUAUUUUUACAUUAUCCUAAUAAGAUAAAAAGUUUUUUUUGAAAAUGCAUACGUAAUAAUAGAAACGACAUUUGACGUCAUGAGAACAACAGCAACGUUAAUGAAAUUGAUAAAUUGACCAAAAAAAUGGACAAUUAUUAUAUACACGGGUAUAUACAGGAUGCUUUUCAGUAUGAAUUAUACGACAAAAUAAGAUAAAUAAUCAAUUACUUCAUAAGAAAGAGACCAAUUCCAAAAAGAAAAUAGCUUGUAGGUUGUGGCAAAGACAAGUCCCAAGAAGAAAAUAUACCGUUUCCCACUGAAAGAUGGAUAAUUUUCAUUAAAGGUCAUCAGUUUUUUCAAAUGCUGAAAUGUCAAAAAAAGCAUUGUCUAUUUUUUAAGAAAAUCGUUUUCAUUAAAAAAAAUGAUCGUUUUGCAUUAGAAAUGAACAUUUUCAUCAUUUGGAUGUGGGCUUAUCCCCGAGCAUUGGUUAUCCCCUGUAAAAAAGGUAAUAUGUAAGAUAAUAAUCCCAUUUAAUGAUUGGAUCGUUUGUGCUAAUAAACUUGGAGUCUUG